UCGUCCAAGCUGCAGUCGUCAAUAAAAACAAAAAGAAUCUGAUGUGACCUUAAUGAUUUCCAAUUAAAUCGAGAAAUCACUUACAAGGGUCACUAUAAAAAAUAAUUAAACUGUCUUAAAAUAUUAUUGAAACAUGGCGGAAGCGAGGAGCGCCGUGUCUCAACCCAGGGUCGGUAGAAUAGAAGAAGGUCGGAGCCCCAAAGUGGAUUUUCUCUUGGGAUUGCGAGGUUACGUUAUACGAAGAUAUUUCAGGAUUAGGAAUUCUAUCAAGAAUGGUAUGUGGCCAACAAAACUAUGGAAUCUGGAAGUCUUUGUCGCUGUAUUGUCUGUUGUAAUGGUCGGAGAUUGGGCGCCAUUGAAACCAGUGACAGAGAGGCUGCGGUUUCUUGAAAGGGCAAUGUUUAUUCCAAGUGACUGGCCGGUGAUGCUGAGAAGUCUUAUAACAUCGGUGGUGGCAGGGUUUAUAUUCUUCAUCAUAUUCCUACAUCUGAGACGGUAUAUGCUUCGGAUGCUGCUGGCAUACAGGGGCUGGAUGUAUGAAAUGCAGCGAAGUCAGUCUGUAGCAACUCUAAUAUGGGGAGUGCUGGUGAAGAUUGUCAGUGGCAGUCAUCCCUCGCUAUACGGAUGUCAACAAAGCCUUCCCAGGCUUCCAGUUCCGCCAUUAAAAAAAACACUGAAAGACCUCAUCCAAUCUCUGAAACCAGUUUACGGCGAGGAUUCUCAGAUUAUACAAGAUCUCAAGAAGGAGUCGAAGGAAUUCCAGCGAACUUUGGGGCCAAAACUUCAACGUAUAUUAUACCUCAAGUCAUGGUGGUCGCAGAACUAUGUUACUGAUUUCUGGGAGAAGUAUGUAUACUUGAUGGGGAGAAGUCCUCUACCUAUCAACAGCAACUACUACAUCCUGGAUCAGAGCUUUGGGAAGCCAACAACCUCUCAAGUUGCAAGAGUGGCAAACUCCAUAUAUCAAGUGAUGAUGGUUCGACAGAACAUUGAACAUGAAAAGCUGGAGCCACUUCUAAUCCGUGACACCAUUCCAAUAUGUAUGGGCCAGUAUGAGAAAUUGUUCUCCACGACACGAGUACCCGGAGAAGAAAUUGACCAACUAGAUCAUUACAGCUCAUCUGAAUCCAAGCAUAUAAUCGUCAACAGGAAGGGCAUUUUGUACAAACUUGAUGUGUUCGAUAAAAACAGGAAACUGGUGACACCUGCGAACCUCCAGAAACAGAUUCACUGGAUUAUGGCCGAUGCAGACAAACAUCUGGACGAAUACUCAGAAGAGGCCAGAAGUCUCCCAGCACUUACAGGGUUAGAUCGCACUAAAUGGGCGCGCAUUCGAGGGGAGCAUUUCAGCCAGGGCCUUAACAAGGAGACCCUUGAGGUUGUGGAAAAGGCCGUCUUUCAUGUCUACCUGGGUACUGAAAUCAAUGAAGAUUUCUCCAGUCGUGCCAUGUACCUUUUCGUUGCCGAUGGGAAAUCUAUCUGGUUCGAUAAGUCACUGACGCUGGUUUCACAGCCGGAUGGACGUCUGGGUGUGAACUGUGAACACUCGAUUGGAGACGCGCCUGUGAUGGCUCACGUGAUAGAGUUUAACUUCACACAAGAAGCCUGCGGUGGUAUUCUCUGUCCACCAAUCAGCAUAGAUGACAGUGACCUUGAACAGCUUCAUGAUUCUAAAAAUAGCCUCACUUGUUCUUUAUAUAGACCAGAGAGACUUUUGUGGGAAAUCCCCACCUCUCUAGCUAAUUCUAUCAAUAGCGCACAUACAACAGUAUUACAGGCAAUUGAAGACCUCGACCAUCGUGUGGAGGGGUACUUCAAGUAUGGGAAGGGAUUUGUGAAAACAUGCAAGGUCAGUCCUGAUGCCUACAUCCAAAUGGCUCUUCAAUUGACAUACUACAAGAAUGCAGGAAAACACUGCCUGACAUAUGAGUCAUCCAUGACCAGACUGUACCUCAUGGGGCGGACCGAGACAGUUCGGUCGCUGACAAUGGAGGCCUCAAAAUUUGUGAAGGCCUUCUUUGACAAGUCAGUUUCAAGGGAAGAGAAGAUAAGUCUGUUGCGCGCAGCGUGUGAAAAACAUGCAGUCAUGUACAAGGACUGCAUGAAUGGAAAAGGCAUUGAUCGUCACUUGUUCGCGCUCUAUGUCGUCAGCAAAGGGUUGGAUUAUGACUGUGAGUUCCUGAAGAAGUGUCUGAGUAUUCCAUGGACCCUGUCAACAUCCCAGUCCCCCCAGCAACAGCUGAAAGACUCCCCAAGCUGUGACAUGCCAGAAUAUAGGGACAAGGUUAGCCCGGGAGGAGGCUUUGGCCCUGUCUCGGAUGACGGAUACGGCGUAGCGUACAUGAUUCCUGGCGAUUUCAAGUUUUUCUUUCAUGUUUCGUCCAAGAAAUCGUCGAAGCAGACCGACUCGACGUUGUUCAUGAAACAGCUGUUUGAAACCCUGGAUGAGAUGAAACAGUUAUUUGAAGGAAACUGAACUGUUUGUAACCACAGUCAACGAAAUAAGAUUAAUAUCCACCAUUGUAACUAGAUAUUGUUUUACCCCACCACACACAUUCCAUACACUCAGGAUAAUUGAUAAUUGAUUGAUUGUGAUAAUUGAUAUUUGAUUGAUAGAGGCUUAAAUGGACUGAAACUAGUUUAAAAUGUAUAUUUUGAGAAUGUUUUGAGUUAUAAGAUUUAGAUGGGUAUGCAUCACCAAGGUUUUAAUUAGGUUAUGUCUAAUAGCACUAUAUAAUAAUGACCUGCAUUUCGAUUUGAAAAAACAGUACUUAUAUAUGUCAUAUCCAGGAGAAAUUAUCCCCUGGAACUUUAAGUGCCCUGGCCCCAUUCAUAAAAAGGUGGGGGGGGGGGGAACUAACUGUUAUUGCUCAGGUAGUGUAUGACAUGAGGUAAAAAUAGAUUCCUGUCACAUGACUGGCCCAUUUUCAUGCCAAGCUAAACAGUCUACGAUGACACUUGAAAUUAUUACAAUUUUGUUUCUUCAUAUCUUUUCAUAUUGAGACAACCAUGACAACUUCUUUACUGGUUCUAGAUCACAUUUGUUGAGAAAGAAUUAAACGACAAUCAAUUAAUUUCUAGAAUUUCCUGCCCGACCCCUCAUUUUUCUGCAGCCCCUUAGAAUUUAUUGACUCAAAUAAAAACGUCAACUGGGGUUUGUAUAUGCGUAUCGGUCCGGUAUUGUCCAGGAACAGCGUUUAUUCAUACCUAUUGUAUUGAUGUAUCAUUCAUAUCUAAAAAAGAAGCAUUGUUAAGCUCAUGUUUGUAAGAAAAAUAAAAAUUAAAUUGUCACCCCCACACCCAUUAAAAAAAGUGGAUAAAAACUCUAGCAAUUUAUAUUGGCAAUUAUUUAUUGAAAAUAUGGUUAAAAUAUUGGCAUUGCUCAACUAGUUUCAGUCCCUUUGAAGAUAUUAUUUAACAAAUAUUCUUAGGUUGUAUAUUUGUGCAGGAAAUCAACAUAGCACAGAUGUAUGCAUAGAGCUGAUUCUGUGAUCGGGAAUUGAACUCUGUAACUACAUAAAAAAGCAUUGUAGGGACCCAGUGUUCACAUGGACAAUUGAAUAAUAGUUAUUUCCUGAUCAUGACUUAUAGGGGUGUUGUUCCAAUUAUAAUUGAUAGUGAUUUUGUGAUUAUCAAGUAUUAUUUUAUUUUUUUAUUUUAAUUUUUAUGUAUUUCUGUUUUAAAUUUUUCAUUUUGUAAUCACUGCAAUAUAAAGAAAGAAUUGGAAACCGACUGAAAAAAGGACAGAAAAGCAAUUUUUCAAAUUUAAUAGAUUAUCUUUUAUGUAGCUACAUGUAUAUUAUUAUCAAGAAACUGAAAACUAUUAUUACAACAUGGUAUUUGCGAUGUAUUUAGCCAGUUUUAUACUUUUUGCCCUUCAAAUAACAAUUGUAGAAAAAAAUGAAGAUUUGCAAUUUUGGGUCUGGAGUUAAUUUUGGGUCUGGAGUUAAAAACUCGGACUCAAGACAUUGGUCAAUAUUCUCCCUAGGCAUACUCUGGUGAUUCAGGACUUUGUAGCUAUUACUAGUGUUUUUUUUAUUUAUAUUUUUAGCAAUGUUACAAUAUGAACAUUUUUACUCUAUCAUUUUAAAAUCCCUAUAAACAAACCUUAAUAUCACAAGGUAAAAUAUUUUUUUACAAUGAUUGAUACUGUUUUUUUCAUAUGUUUAAGUUUUUACUAUGUUUGAUUUUUUUUGAUUUGUAAAGAAAAGCAUUCAAAGAUUUUAAAUGCUUUAAAUUGCUAUGCGGGAUAUUAGAAUUAUUUAUCAUGCUUAGUUUACAUGCAUGUACCAUAUUUGGGAAACAUUACACACCACACAGGGUCAUAUGACAUUAUAAUGACUGGCCAGUCAGCCUCCAGCAGUGUAUAUGGUCCGGAUGAAGUGGUUACAAGUGUUAUAUUUCUUAUAUAUAUAUAUGUAUACCAAACAUUAUAAUUUACCAUUCAAUAUUUUUAAAGCGCUUUGGAUGUGUUUUAUUGAACAAGAAUGUCAUCUGGCUGGCCAUGUUUGUUUGACACAAUUUUUUGCAGUUGUUAAAAAUGCAAAGCUGCACUUAACAGUUAUAUUAUGGUAGCAGUCCUUAAAAUAUUUUUGGACAGAUUCUGACAGGCCAAAUAUAGAUUAUGGACCCCUGACAUCAUAGAACUGAAAUUGUAUUACAAUACAGUGAUAUAUGCACCAAUCAACUUUAUAUAUACAUAUAUACGAAUCAAUUGACUUCAUACAUACAAAGAAGGGCACAUUUAUGUAUGCUUAAAUAUUACAUUUUAUAGAGUAAGUAAUUGAUUGAAGAGAAAAUGUAUCAAAAAUAAUACUCAUUAUAACAAUUGAAUCUGACUACAUUGUGAUAUUACCUCACCCAACAAAACAAUGCAUUUUAUGUUGGAUUUUAUUAUUCCAUUAUCUAAAUAGUAAAUAUUGAAGUGAACAGCGCCCAGCAGAAAUUGGUGUUGAAGUAAAUAUUUGAAUUACCAGAUAAUGGCAUCUUACUAAAUGUGUUUGACACAAAAAAGAAACAGAUUAUUUUAAGUUUUCCAUGCCCAGUGCUGGUUUUCAUACAGUAUCUUAAGUCACUUUCCUAAUUUAAGAAUCUCGUUGGUGAUAUGAUAUUCAAACUUAAUAAUUUCUGAAAAAAAUAAAUAAAAAAAUUAUACAUUAUUUUUAUUGACCUUACUAAAAAAACAUACUCUCAUGUCAAAAACAUUCAAACAUUUUUUUUAAAUUGAUUAUAAAAAUUAUAAAAAAAAAUUGACUUAACUUAGGACAUGACUCAAGAUGCUUUAUAAAUACAUCCCCUGACAAGACAUAUAUCACCAUGGAUGCCGCAAUGCUAUUUUCAGUCAUAAUGAAACUUACUCCUGAGUUUAGACCUACUUUCUAUUGGACCAAUUUCUGCUUGACAUGCUUCAAGUGUAAUUGUAUUUUAGUGCUGUACGGUUUUAUAUAUUGGUGUUCAUAUCAUCCAGAAAUUAUGGCGAUCUUAUGUUUUACGAACAUUUAUACUAGGGCAUUUGAUUAAGAGUUAUUGAAAGGGUGUUACACCCUGUUCUUUUUUGGUAGCACCCUUCUGCUGUCAUGGAAACUAACACGUGCAUCUUUCUGUGUUCAUAGAAUUAAACGCUUAAGACUGUCAUUCAUUUCUUUUGUUUUGAUUAAAACUUAUGUAAAUAUAAAUACAUCCAUUGUGUCGUGAAUUUUUAAUCGCACAAUUGUUUGGCCAAUUUCAACAUAAAAUGUGUAAAAAAACAACAGCCUCAGGGGUUGACUUUUCAAAAAUUGAUUAGAUUGAAACAUAAAACUUGGGAUUAUAAUUAAUUUUCUGUUCCUUUCCAAUGAUAAACGUUCCAUCCCAAGUUUGAGACAUUGGCCUUAACCAACACAAUUAAUCAUGAAAAACUACCUUCACAAAUUAAAGCUAUCUACAGUAUUUAUUUUCAUGAUCAUUUGUUAUUCAUAACCAAUUUUACAUGGACGGAAUGGGUGUAUGACAUUACUUGCAACAAUGCUUAUUCUCUUAAGGAGCCUUUAGUUAAGUGUUUUAGUGUUUGUAUAUUUGUUUAGUAGAGUUUGUUCGGUACUUGACUGAAUGUUAGUGCUUUGAACUCAGUUUUUGUACAAUUGUUUUGUGAAUGAAUAUUGUUUUUACUUUAUUGUAUGCUGUGAAUUUCCAUUGACUUAAGAUAGCAUUAUCAUAUUUUGCAUUUCAAAGUCUGUUUUUCAAGUUUACUAAAUAGUUGUAGUUGUUUUAAAGUUUUGUAAACAAAGGGACCAUAAGGCCACAAGAAAAUACUUCAUUUGGCCUCACCUGACCCACAUUUAAAGGGAAAGGUUUUCUGGGUUUUUUUUACUUGCUUAACCUUUCAUUGCGUGAUAUUAAAAAAAACGAGAAAAAAUAUGAUCACCCCAGAGGCUAUUAAAACUAGUGGGUCUUUGGGUCAGAGUUUUUCUGUUAAACGGUUCAUUAAGGUCAAACAGACUAUUGAUCAUUUAUGGACUUAGUUGCAAGUAAUUGAUAGCCCAUUUUAUGUAUCUGUCCCUAUCUUCCAAUCAUUUUUGAUAAAAAAAACUCAUGAUAUGAAUUCAAUCAGUGUGUAUGUGAAAUGCAUUGGUAAAAUGCCCAUUGCCAUUGGCAUAUUCAUUUCAUUUUCACAAAUGUUAAAAGUCAGGAGACAAUUAAUUUAUUUCCCUAAUGAAUGUACCUGAAUUAAAUAAUCUGUCAUCACUCCACUGAUGAUACUGUUUUUGGUUUUUAAGGCCUCAGGUGACCAAAAUCUUACUUAGUGUUGGCACAACUGUCUCUGUAAUAUAUGUAGUCAUUGUAUGUGUAAAUAAUACACAAUAGAUUUAUAUAAGCCACUUUAUAAAAUCAAGUAACAUUAAAACAAGACUUUGGCUUUCGAUCUUGUUAAUAAUUAAAUCUGAGAUUUGGUCUGGUGUUCAAUGGGUGCAAACACUAAGUUCGGGGUCGGUAAUCAUAAAACAUAAGUCAUUUCUUAACUCAAGUCAAUUUCCUAUAUUUUUCAUACUCAAAUUAAAAGUAUAAUUGUUUUUAACAUGAAAGUCUUUAUUUUGAAUCAAAUCAAUGAUAAUGGAGUAUUUUAAAUAUUAUCAAGUUAUUAUAUCAUUUCUUGAGAUACUUGACUAAAGAAAAUAACUUAUGAUGUUUUAAUUAUGAAUACCAUCCCAGGACUUUGUGUUGCUCAAGACACCAUUUAGUCUGAAAACAGCAUUCUAAGACUUAAUGCCAGUUUGUGACAGAAACUUGUUUUGCUGUUCUACAAUUCUUGUUUUUCUUUGUAAGAAAUAGAAUGUUAGAUAAGGUAGCCAACUCGUCAGAGAUAAGUAACGAUCAUUUCAGUAUUAUAUAUUGUGAUCAUUGUCAGCUAGUGUGUGCAAAUAAAAAUUCAUAAGAGUA